GCACCCCAUCAUCAUCACAUUAAUCCGCAUACAGUACACAUGACUCCUAUUUAACUUGUACGAGUAUCACCACCCCACUCACUCUCUCUCUCUCUCUCUCUCUCUCUUGAAUCCAACUCAGGGAAUUCGUAAUGGGGAAGAAGAAGAACAAGAACGUAGUAAUCGAGGGCAAGAUCCAAGACGACCUCGAGCCACUGAAGAACGACGAUAACAACAACGACGACGACGAGGGCAAAGGACAGAAGGACGGCGGCGCUAUCAAAGUGGUUCUCAAGGUCGACAUGCACUGCGAGGGCUGCGAAACCAAGAUCAAGAAGUACGCGCGGUCCUUCAAAGGUGUUGAAUGCGUGCAACGGAGCAAUGACGGUUCGAACAAACUGACGGUGAUCGGUGACGUGGAUCCGAGGAAGCUCCGUGAGAUGCUUGAGAAGAAGACGAAGAAGAAGGUCGACCUCGUCUCUCCACAGCCUAAGAAAGACAAGGACAAGGACGCCGGAGAUAAGAAGAAGGACGGAGAAAAUAAGCCGGAGUUCAAAGAGAUUCCGGUGACGACGGCGGUGAUGAAGCUGAACCUGCAUUGCGAAGGCUGCAUCCAGAAGCUUUGCAAAGCGGUUGCAAAAACCAAAGGAUACCACGACAUGUCGAUUGACGAGCAGAAGAAUCAGAUAACGGUGAAAGGUGCGAUAGACAUGAAGGCACUGGCCGAGUCGCUGAAGGUGAAGCUGAGGAAACCGGUGGAGAUAGUCCCGCCGAAGAAGGAGAAGGACGGCGGCGGCGAGAAGAAGGAGAAAGGCGGCGGGGGCGAAAAGGGCGGUGGCCAGGGAGGGGAAAUCCUGCAGUGGCCCCAGCACGUGCAGUACGGUUACCCGGAUCCACAGUACGUGAACGGGUACGGGCCGGGUUAUCCAGGCGAGCUAUUUCAUGCCCCGCAAAUUUUCAGCGAUGAGAACCCAAAUGCCUGCUCCGUUAUGUGAGGAAGGGAAUCGGUGUGGGUGGAAAUAGUAGUUUUGGACUAGAAGAUGUAAAUAAAAUUGCGUACAGAGAGAUAUGGGGGAUUUUUGGAUAGGGAUUUUUAUGGUAAAGAACUAAGUUUUGUUAAUUGGUUGAAGAUCAAUUAGAGGGAUUUUGUCCCGAAUUUUGAU